AUGCCAUCCGGCUCCAUAGACAUAGUUGCAGCUUCAAUCAUGCCUACCAUGAAAAGGCUGUUUAAGAUGGACAGCAUCACUGGUGUGGCCAGCGUGGAGUUCUGGGUGUUGAUGACAACACUGCUGCUGGUAAUAAGGUUUCUGCUGGAUUGCUUCGGAUACGCAGACAGGGCCAUGGCGACCACCAUCCAAGUCAUCGAGAUGAUAAACUACUCCAUGGUGCACUACACCUUGGGUAUGAUGCAGCUCUCGGCGAAGAAGGUGAACGACUACUUUCAGGUAUGGGCAGUGAUGCUAGUAACUCUGCAGUAUAGCGUCAAGACUGGGCAGCUGUAUCGGAGGUCCAAGCAGAUCCUAUUGCUCGACCUCAUGUCGUCUUUCUGGGCAGCCAAUCUCAUCCGGAUGCAGACCUUCCUCCUCCUCAAUAUCUCUCUCUGGUUCAUCUGGGCCCUCAAUGCCAUUCGCAUCAUUUCAUAUUUUGCCUCAUCCGACAAGGCUGCGACCAUCAACCAAGAGAACACGAGGCUGGUUAGUGACUACAUGCGAUACGAGCACACACUCGAUCCCUCCGGUGAUGGUGAUGCCGAUAACUCCAACAGUGGGAUCACGAUGCAGUCGUACAAGUACUUGGUGUCGGGGGAAGACCUUGUGCUGCAUGACGCCCAACGUGAGAGCAAAACUGCAACAGCACAAUACAAGAUUCGGUUGGAUCCGCAUAACAAGAAGCUUGUUACCAUAGAAAAGAUAUGGAAUGUUGAUGAUGGCAAUAAUAGGUUGUUGGGCAGCACCAAAGGCAGUGGCAACAGAUUGAAGGAUUCCUGCCUCUCAUUCGCGCUUUACAAGCUGUUGCGUCGUCGGUUCUAUAAUCUCCCAAUACACGAGGCUGGCCAAGAGAAGACGAGACGGCUCGUCUUCGACUACAUCCUGCAGGAGAACAACAACAACUAUGAGAGGGCAUUCCGCGUCACGGCUGUGGAACUGUCCUUCCUCCAGGACUUCUUCUAUAGCAAGCAUGCUGCUCUGUUUGCCAACGGAUUUUCAGUUCGGCGUAUGCUGAUGUCUCUGCUUCUGAUUGUGGCUACAGUGUCCUUGGCAUAUCCUGUCCGUUAUAUACCAGAGAGGAUGGAUCAAGCUGACAAAAAUACCAUCGCUCACAGAGUGAUUUUCACUCACAUCAUACUUGGCCUUAUCGUUGCCAAAGAGCUAUUGGAGGUCUAUCAAUAUGUAUUCUCGCAAUGGACCAAGGUCCUGAUGAUCUGUAGGUACAUCAAGCAUCGGAGCUUGCGGAAUCCAGCGGUGGAGGCAGUAAUGGGAAUGAUGUUCUGCUUCAUCAGGGGCAAGUGGGAUCAAAGGAUCUUCCACUAUAAUCUACUGGUUUCUGAUUCGCAUAGACGGAAGAAAUCUGCCAGAGGAAUCAAGUUGGAGUCAGAAGUAAAGACAGCGAUAUUUGAGUCGUUCAAGGGCCUGCAGAAGCACCCAGAAAGGUUGGAAACCUACUUCUCAAAUGCCUUUGGAUCAAAGGCAGACCUUACGCAGCAGCUAACAUGGGCAAUUGAAUUGGAGGCUGACACCCACAGGAUACUGGUCUGGCACAUCGCAACCUGCUUCUGCGAGAUACAUAUCUCUGAUGAAGUGAAAAAACUUAAUGUUUUAUUGCUUCCAAAUAAGCUGUUGGUCAAUAAAUCAACAACUCCAGAAGAUGUGUGGCCACAUUACUCAACUGCUGUCAGCUUAUCGAACUACUGUGCAUACCUGCUUACCAGAGCGUUGGUGCCAGACAACGGCAUUGUUGUUAGGAGGGUCUUGAAAGCCGUACGGAAGGAAAUCUUUCAUGCUACUUAUUGCUCUUUCUCUCAGUCAAUGCAAGAUGUCUACAAAAAACUUGUGGAGAUAGCCAUUGAGGAUGAAGCCCCAGAAAGUUCAGUAAUCUAUGAGGAAGACGAGGAAGAUCCCAAGGGAAUGGGAGAAGAUGAAAUUAGAAGUUCCACAACCAAUGACCAGGUACCCAAUAUGAAAGAUAGUAUUGAGGGGGACGAUAACAUCCGUAAUUCCAUAACCCAGAUGGGUGCAAAGCUAGGGAAGCAGUUGAUAGAAACUUAUGAAGCAGACAGAGUAGGCCUAUGGAGGGAUCUAGCAGUGUUCUGGUCAGGUUUCCUCCUCCACUUGGCAGCAUCAACAAGAGCAGCCAAGCAUAAGACACGGCUUGCUGGAAAGGUGGAGCUCAUAACACACCUUUGGGCUUUGCUGUCUCAUGCUGGGUUUCUCGGAAAUAUAAGGCACGGGCAAACACUCUUAGACCCAGAAGACCUUAAUGAUGUCAACCCACUCAGAUGA